UGACCACAAGUACAUUAACAGAAGAACAAGUCACUAGAGAAAGUUAAACUGAUACAUAAUGAUACAAAAUAGGAUACACAGUUGAACAUGCCCCUCCAUCACAAAAUACAAUAGGUGUCUUUACUGAUAUAGCACAACAACAAGAGUUUAAACUCAUUAUUUGUUAUUAAUUGCUGCAAAGUCUCUCAACAAAGGGUCAAAUUGCUUCACUGCCACCAUAACCAGCACUGCAACUACACAAGGCUCAAGCAAGUAAACGCGGGUGAAAGAUUAACAUAGAACUAAUACCUGAAGUCUUCCUAAGAAGAAGCCAGAGAGAAAUUCCCAUUACUAUAUGGAGUCAAUGCUGCACCUUCAUCAGUAAUCCAAACAAAACCAGGAGUGUCGAACCUCCUUCCUGACACUGUCCUGUAUAUGUAAAAUUUCUCAACAGGGCAACUUUCUGGUCUCGUACCUGGAUGACCCCUCUCGUCUAUAACUUCAACAUUAAGCCCUGGCAACAUACAUUAUCACAUUGUUUCCUCAUACAGGAGGACUCAGAGAAGGGCUAUAUUUUUAGACUAUGAUGGUACUGUUGUACCUCAGUCAUCUAUGGUUAAAGCUCCAAGUGCCAAAGUUAUUUCUCUAUUGAAUGCUCUAAGUAAUGAACCUAAAAACACUGUGUCUAUUGUUAGUGGCAGAGGAAGGACUUCAUUAUGCGAGUGGCUUGCACCAUGCGAAAGGCUUGGAAUAGCUGCUGAACAUGGGUACUUCAUAAGGGAUUGUAUAACUUCUGAAUGGGAUCAUUUAGAUUCUGAUCUUGAAUGGAAAGAAAUUGCGGAACCUGUGAUGCAACUUUACACAGAAGCAACUGAUGGAUCAUUUAUAGAAUCUAAAGAGAGUGCAAUGGUGUGGCACCAUUAUGAUGCAGAUAUUUUAAUGCAAAUAUUACUGAACAAUUAGACAUCCAAAGGGAUCGCAUUGUCUCCAGCUUUGCAGCAUUAGCCAACAGAGCCUUAUCACCAAAGGGGCAGUCUCUAAUCUCCAACUUACGGAGGCUCUCACAACCAGAGAGAACAUAGUAGAGGCCUAGAUUGAUAUCCCCCACAAAAGCUAAGGAAAGCAUCUCUAACUUCUUAGCAAGGACCCCGAUGUACUCAAACGCACGAUCUGUAAGGAGUCCGGAAAGAGAAAGUCGCCGUAAUUCCUUGCAGUGUUGUACAAUGUCCCCAAAACCAGCAUCAAGUGGUUCAAGGGUUAGGUAAUCAUGAGU